AUGGCCACGAAGUCUCCCCCAGAGAAGGUGCUGAAGGCACGUAGAGACACUGUCAGGUCCCGAGGUAAAGCUCCCGCUGCUUCGCUUCUCCCAGGCCACAGUGACACCUCAGCGGCCGGCCAGGGCCUCAGAGCUGAAAUGACUGCAGCCGACGCCAUCUCCAUGACUGGUGAAAACCUGGGGCUAUUUUCUGUGCCUGAGAAUCAGCAUUUCGACCCUGGGGGUAGCCGUGGCCCAAACAUUGAACUUGGAGGUGUUAGGCCCAGGACGAGAAGCCAGAGAGAGGUAGGCCAAACCCCGAAAGGCGGGAAAGGCGGGAAAGGCGACAGCGGGGCCCCGGCUCAAACAAAGAGCAGUAGAAAGAGGAAGCAGCCCAACCAAAGCCCAACUACAGAAUGUGCAGGUGGGCUUCAGCUUCCGGAAGCUCUAGAGUCGCCGGGUACACCUCAGCCACCAUCUUCUCUGAGCUCUCAGCCUAGCAGCAGCCACCAUUUUGAACUUUCAGUGGGGAACCUAGAAUCCCCAGGGCCUACCCUCAGGAGCAGCACCGCGCGAGGCAAUGUGUCUACUCCAGCCCCUAAGGUCCCGAGACAAGCCGUUCUGACUGUUUCUGGUCCUCACAGCCGUGCACCUGAGUCCAGCUGUGAAGGGCGCGACCACUCCACCCCUGUUGGCCAGGAACUCUGUCAACAGGCCCCCCUGCAGGUUCCUGAUGAUGGACUUUGUCACAGCGGUCCUGACCUCAAAGGCAGUGUGACCCCUGAAGUCAGGGUUCUCCGCUCUCGAGUCAUAACAUUUGGUGGUGAUAGCAGUGCAUCGGUGGUCAGCCCUGAAGUUCGCCCCGAAGCCGACAGCAUCCGCAGGAGUUUACGUCCUCGGGCCACUCCGCGGGUUCCUGUUCUUUACAAAUAUACCCUUGGGUCUAGUUCUGAUAGCAGCAGCCGUCCAACACCGCGCAGAAGCAGCCGCAUUGCAUCCAGACUUGGCUCUGACCACCAACAAAGCCAUAAAAUAAAGAUGGAGCUGAACCUGGAGCUGGAACUGGAGCCGGAACCAGAAUCAGAGCCAGAGGAGGAAGAGGCAGAGCCAGAACCUGGUCCAAGCAGCCGUGCGCAAGCAAGGCUUUCCACCUUUAGGCCUGCAGUUCGAAGGAGACCCACACGCUCUCCUCCAAGGCGCCCAGUCCGUAUGCGGGCCUCUUCCCCUUCUCCUCCUGGUAGGCUCUAUCCUUUCCCUGGGCAGUAUAAUGAAGGUGCCAGUUCUUCCUCCUCAUUCACCAACGAGGAUGUCUCCUGUGUUUCAAGUUCCCCUUCUUUCCCCCAUAAGUCACCAGAACGGGACUCCUCAUCUCCAUCAGGUGACUUAAGCUCUGUCUCUGGUCCUAGUUCUGAUACCCUUUGGCGUGCCUUUAUACCUGACCUGGAUAACCUUGAUUCUGCCCCUUCUGGAGAGUCAGAGGAAGAAAUAGAGAUUGCCCCUCACCCUCCUGCAUAG